AUGUCAAAAAUAUUACAUGUAAAAAAUAUCUUUAAAUUUCUCUUGUUAAAUAUUAUUACUAUUAGUCUUAUUGUUUUAACACUAAUAAUAAUACUUUUAAGAUAUAAUUAUUAUUAUCAAAGAUCUCCAGUAUUAACAUUGUCUAUUACAAAUUCUUUACUUGGAGGUGUUUCCAAUAUGUCUGCACAAACUAUUUCUGGCAUACAAUUUCGAUUAAAAAGAAUUGAUCCAUUUAUUUCAAAAAAAAAUGAGUAUGGAGUAGAAAAUAUUGAACUUUCAAAUAGUUACAAUAAAAACUUUUAUAGUAGAUCAUCUGCUUUUAGUUUUUCUCAAUUGAUUAGAUUUAUGAGUUAUAGUUUUUUUAUGACGCCUAUUCAGCACUGGUGGUAUUCUUUUCUUGGUCAAUUGACUUUAAAUUCUAGAACUUCGGAUACAAUAGAACUUGUUAAGAGAAUUUUGAUGGAUCAAUUUUUAUUUGCACCCAUAGGUCUUGUUUUUUUUCUUAUUUUUAUGUCUUUAACAGAAGAGUUAAAUAAGAAGAAAUUGAAAAAUAGAUUCAGACAAGAUUAUAUUUCUAUAUUAAAGGUUAAUUAUUGUGUAUGGCCUAUUAUACAGUUGAUUAAUUUUAAAUAUAUACCUUUAAAAUAUCAAAUACCUUUUCUUAACAGUGUAUCAGUGUUUUGGACAAUAUAUUUAAGUAUGAAUGAUUCUAAAAUGUCUCUUUGA